CUUAACCUGGAAGACCUUUUUGUUUGUAGAAGGGACAAAAAUGACCUCCUCUCCAAUAAAUGUGACGGCUGAGGAUGGAGUAGGGCUUUUUGCCCCUUUUGGGGAAGGUAUUCUAUGGCAGAAGAAUGUGACUCAAGCUACAAAUGUCACUUCCCAAGUUCCUCACAGAUUUGUGCAACCUCCGUGGCGUAUAGCCCUUUGGUCAUUGGCUUAUGGAUCAAUGGUGGCUGUUGCUGUAUUUGGUAAUAUCAUUGUCAUGUGGAUCAUACUAGCUCACAAAAGAAUGAGGACAGUCACAAACUAUUUUCUGGUCAGCUUGGCUUUCUCUGAUGCAUCAAUGGCUGCUUUCAAUACCUUGGUGAAUUUCAUAUAUGCUCUUCACAAUGAAUGGUACUUUGGGGAGGCAUAUUGCAGAUUCCACAACUUCUUUCCCAUUACAGCUAUCUUUGCCAGCAUCUACUCCAUGUCUGCUAUAGCUGUGGAUAGAUAUAUGGCGAUUAUUAAUCCUUUGAAGCCACGUCUAUCUGCUACUUCAACAAAAGUGGUCAUUGGAAGUAUCUGGGUGUUUGCAUUUGUGCUGGCCUUCCCUCAGUGCCUUUAUUCCGAAAUCAAAGUGACACCAAGAAGGACGCUAUGCUUGCUGGUCUGGCCAGGGUUUGGGAAAAAAUUAACGUACCAAAUAAUUGUGGUUCUGUUUGUAUAUUGCUUCCCAUUAUUGGUCAUGGGCAUAACAUACACAAUUGUUGGAAUAACGCUGUGGGGAGGAGAAAUACCUGGAGACACAUCUGACAAAUACCAUGAACAGCUUAGGGCAAAAAGAAAGGUGGUGAAAAUGAUGAUUGUGGUGGUGGUCACCUUUGCAAUUUGUUGGCUUCCCUACCAUAUAUUUUUUAUUGUAACUGCACUUGAUAUCAAAGUGGAAAGGUGGAAAUACAUCCAGCAAAUCUACUUAGCAAUUUUUUGGCUGGCAAUGAGUUCAACAAUGUACAACCCCAUAAUAUAUUGCUGUCUGAAUAAAAGAUUUCGUGCUGGUUUUAAAAGAGCAUUCAGAUGGUGUCCUUUUAUUGAAGUAUCCAGUUAUGAUGAACUAGAGCUCAAAUCCACCAGGUUCCACCCAACAAGACAAAGCAGUCUAUAUACGGUAUCCAGAAUGGAAUCCAGCAUGACUGUUGUGUUUGACCCAAAUGAUGGAGAAAGCUCCAGGCCUAUUCAUAGCCACAAGAAAAGAGGUGCUUCUAGCGAAUCAACAUUAAAUGGUUGUUCCCGAAAAAACUCUACAGAUGCCUCCACAAAUUCCAUUUUCAUUAGUUCACCUUGUACAUCAGUAGAUUGUUAUUCAUGA